AUGUCUAUAAAAAGUGCAAAGGGAGGACCAGAGAGCAGGCCGUCCUCUGCUGCCAGCAUUUCUUCUCGAGGAGGAAGGGGUCCAGCAGCAGGGAAAUCGCCGCCCGCUCCGGGGAGAUUCAAAAACAAGGCCCUUCAGCUCAGCCUCUCCAAGAAAUUCUGCUCAAAGUCAGAUUCCCCCGCACACCAGGGGAAGGGCUCUGGGGAGGAGGAUCGGCGUAGUAAAAGGAGCCUCAGCAACAGCUCAGCGGUAGCUGCUGCCUACAUCGCCUACCUCAAUAAACUUUUCGGACAGGAGAGAGAGCUGAUGCCAGAGGAGUUAGAUGAGCUGCAAGUAGCCUUUAAGGAGUUUGACUACGAUGCGGACGGCUUCAUACAUUACAAAGACAUUGCAGACUGCAUGAGGACCAUGGGCUACAUGCCUACAGAGAUGGAGCUCAUCGAAAUCAUACAGCAAAUCAAGAUGAAAUGGGGCGGUCACGUAGACUUUGAUGAUUUCUGCGAGCUAAUGGGGCCAAGGAUGCUGGCUGAGACGGCUCACAUGGUCGGGCUGAAAGAGCUCCGCUGUGCCUUCAAACAGUUUGACUCUGACGGUGAUGGAAAGAUCACACUCGAUGAGCUGAAAGAGGGCAUGAAGACCCUCCUUGGGGAGAAGCUGAAGAAAGGCGAGCUGGAGGAGAUCCUCGGCGACAUUGACCUCAACAAGGAUGGCAACAUCGACUUUGAUGAGUUUGUUAUGAUGCUGUCUGCACGAUGACCUCCGAUGGAAGAAGAAGAUGGAAGAUGGAGCACACAGCACUGAGCCCUGCGCCAUUAACAAACUGUCUACUUCCAACUAGUCUGUGACACCGCAUAUUUAACGCGUAUGACUAAAAACAAGAGUUGUCUGUAUUUUCACAAUAAAAGU